CCGAGCGGAGCAAAGGGGAGCAAAGAUGGCGGCGGUGAGAAACAUAAAGAAGCUGUUUUCAUCAGGACUCAGUGUGUUUAAUCAGCACACUGCUGUCAGAACUCACAGAUUACUGCAGCACAGGACCCUAACUGUUACUGGAGCUCGACGCCAGCAGUCAUUUGAUUCGUCCCUGGAGAAGCCCCAGUUUCCCGGAGCCUCGGCAGAGUUCAUUGAUCACUUGGAGUUCAUCCAGCCCAAUGUGAUCUCUGGAAUCCCUGUGUAUCGAGUAAUGGACAGACAAGGUCAAAUCAUCAACUCCUCUGAAGAUCCGCAGCUCUCCAAAGACACGGUGCUGAAUUUCUAUCAGAAGAUGACUUUACUAAAUGCAAUGGAUCGAAUUCUGUACGAGUCUCAGAGACAGGGCCGUAUCUCAUUCUACAUGACCAACUAUGGUGAGGAGGGCACACACAUUGGAAGUGCUGCAGCUCUGGACUCCAACGACCUGGUGUUUGGCCAGUACCGAGAAGCAGGAGUGCUGAUGUAUCGCGGUUUUCCUCUGGAUCUGUUUAUGGCGCAGUGUUAUGCCAAUGCUGAUGAUCUUGGCAAGGGCAGGCAGAUGCCGGUACACUACGGCUGCAAAGAUCUUAACUUUGUGACCAUCUCAUCACCUCUUGCCACACAGCUUCCUCAAGCGGCUGGAGCAGCGUACGCUUUAAAACGUGAGAACUCCAACCGAGCUGUGGUCUGUUACUUCGGCGAGGGAGCCGCCAGCGAAGGAGAUGCACACGCAGGCUUCAACUUCUCAGCCACUCUGGAGUGCCCAAUUAUUUUCUUCUGCCGCAAUAAUGGUUACGCCAUCUCUACCCCCACCAACGAGCAGUACAGAGGCGAUGGAAUUGCUGCUCGAGGCCCGGGUUAUGGCAUGCUGUCUAUCCGUGUGGAUGGUAACGAUGUGUUUGCAGUGUACAAUGCUACAAAGGAAGCGAGGAGAAGAGCAGUUGCUGAAAACCAACCUUUCCUCAUUGAGGCCAUGACGUACAGAAUCGGCCACCACAGCACCAGUGACGACAGUUCAGCGUACCGCUCAGUGGAUGAAGUAAACUACUGGGACAAGCAGGACCACCCCAUCUCGCGUCUCCGCCACUACAUGACCGCACGGGGCUGGUGGGGCGAGGACGAGGAGCGUGCGUGGAGGAAGCAGUCGCGUAAGCUCAUCAUGGAAGCCUUCGAGAAAGCAGAGCGGCGCCUCAAACCCAACCCGGAGCUCCUGUUCACCGACGUCUACGACGAAAUGACACCGGGCCUGGCCAAGCAGAGGGAUACCAUGAGGAGGCACGUACAACAGUACAAGGAGCAUUACCCACUCGACCUGUACGAAAAGUAAUCCAGUUUAGACAGAAAGAAACGGAUUACGCAUGUGUGAUCUGUGUCUAGCUGCCAUCCUGUAGAAUGACGCUGCUUUUGAUUUCUGAUUUAUAAGAGGACAAACUCAUAAUGUUUCUGGCCUGAAUAAAAUACAGUAGUAUCAGUUAACUAGUAACGUCCCCAUCCAAUACUGAUUUCUAUUUCUACUGCGUCAUUUAUAGUCUAAAUGUCUGUGGUUUUGACUGACAGCAUUGAUCACAUGUACACAGGGCCCCUGUUAUCCGAAAGCACAACACUAUUGAUCUUUUUACCUUUUUUGUAACUUGUAGGUCAGCUUAGUUCAAUUUAAGGCAUUUAGCAGACACUUUAAUGGUUAGGUGGCACUUGGUGGUAGCGGCGGUUGGUUUAUGCAUUUUCCUCCCCUUUUCUCCCAGUUGUAGCGUAGUCAAUUUGUCUUCCGCUGCUAGAGACUCAGGUCUUGUCCAAGGGGGGCUCCCUCCGUCAUGUGCGCAGUCCCACCGACCCCUUCUUAUUCGCCACUCGGACACCAAUAUAUAUUUUUAACAUACUGCCCAUUUCUGCAAUAAUUAUCAAAAUAAUCACAAAAACAUUCAAAUAAAUGUAUAUUAACAAUGAAAUGCAGUAACCUGAGGUACAUGGCCUCCUCUUGCUUGUUAUUGUGUUAAAUCAGUAGCACCUCUGUACAGGUGAUGAAUGAAUUCCUAACCUGGACAUUUUUACCAUCCUGUAUUCUAAUUACACAGCAGAUAGGAAGAUAGAAGGGUGUGCAUGUUGUUUAGUCUGACACUAGGGGACACUAGCUGUUGUGCCUUUUUAUUACACACUCGUGUGGCAGUGCUGCCAGUUCUCAGCUGUAGCGCACAAACCAUCAGACGUGGUAUUAUUAACCGUCUACUCCUGCCGGGUUGGGUACAUCUGAGCCGGUGUGACCCUGCAUGAGCAUUUUCAACAUAACAUUUCAUUAUCUAGAACACAGAAAUAACAGGAACUGUAUUUAUUUAGUACUGGAACCUUGUUACAAUUACAUUAGAUGAAGAAUCUAGAUAAGAUUGUAUAUCUAGAUCAUUUUAACUUGAUGAGAAUGUCUAGUAUCUUAAUGCAGUUAGGAAAUGAAAUAAGUUCCUUCGCUGGCAUCCCAGGUGUUCUGGCAGAAUAAAAUCAGAUUCAUGUUCUGUGAAACGUUACUGUAAAAGCUGUAGAAAGGCUCGACUGUAUGAUGUUUGUGUUAUGAAUUUAUUGUCAUUCCUUGUUUCUUAUCGUGACCCAGAUUUCAGUUACUGUUUGGCUGGUUGGUUGGUUGGUUGGUUGGUUGUGGCAUUUAAUCAAGCUAGAGGAUUAAAUUAUGUUUGAAAUGUCAAAUAAAUAUUUUAAAAAAAUCAGA